AUGUGCUCCACACUACCACACUUACAAGCCCUUAAGGAGCAGUUUGCAACAUACAUCGACCGCAAUGGAGACGAGCGGUCUAGCAUGGAAGAGGUUCUCAGCUACCUUAGAAAAUAUGACACAGACGUUACGCCACGACAAGUGAGGGAGUUCAUUGCUCGGAUAGAUAAAGACGGCGACGGGUCCGUGGACUUCAUUCCCGACUAUCUGAUGGAGGUUAGCUCCCCUGAUUUCGAUGUUGCCAUCGCGAAAGAGUGGUUCAGUCUAGAGGACACGAAUGGGGACGGAUAUGUGACACGCGAGGAGCUCAUCAACAUCGCUACGAAUGUUGGGAUGCUACCGGAAGAGGCGAGACAGACGGUGAACGGUUUCUACAUGGCUGCGGACGCCAACGGAGACGGGAGGCUUUCUUGGACAGAGUAUCAGCUGCUGUUCACUGAAAAAUGA